GAGGGUGGAGUAAGGGGGAAGGACUGCUAAAGACAGGUUUCCCCCACAUUGCAAGAGCCACAGUUGCAUCCUGCUUGCCUGCCUGCCUGUCUAUCCAGAAGCUGCUUUCACUUCAGGUACAGGCCUACAGUACUCUGCCACAAUGGGCUCUGAGCUGGAGACUGCAAUGGAGACCCUCAUCAACGUGUUCCACUCCCACUCGGGCAAGGAAGGGGACAAGUACAAGCUGAGCAAGAAGGAACUAAAGGAAUUGCUGCAAACGGAGCUCUCUGGCUUCCUGGAUGUGCAGAAGGAUGCUGAUGCUGUGGACAAGGUGAUGAAGGAACUAGAUGAGAAUGGAGAUGGGGAGGUAGACUUCCAGGAGUAUGUGGUGCUGGUUGCUGCUCUCACCGUGGCUUGUAACAACUUCUUCUGGGAGAACAGCUGAGCUCACAGCCCUAGUGGGCAGCGCCCUUCCCCACCAUCCUGGAAGUUCUGCCUUCUUACCCAGCUUUUCCCUCACUCUGCCUAUGUCUCCUCACACUCCUAUCCUUGCCCAUCCUGCUCGCCACACACAAGGGCGCAAGAGUAGCAGUCUAGGCCUGCAAUUCAUUUCAUUAAAGGCUUCUCUCUCACCUGCCAUCAA